UUCCAAUGCCUCGUAGAUCCCAUAAAGGACUCGCACAAAUCUGCUUUCUACCAACCGAUCCGCCCUGGUUCCAAGCCCACCUCAUAACGUCAGACUCUUCCUCCCUUUCCAUUCUCGGCACCCCAGCACCUCCAGACGCUCAUCCACCGAUUCACAGUUGUUGCGCUCCCACACCCUUUUGGGCGCUUCGUAUCCGGGAAUGGCAAAGUGAUGAGGAAGCUCGAUGUAUUGUUCAGCAAUGGGGAGGGUUUGAGUCGGAUGUUGUGGAGCUGAGUAGUAUUUUUGUGGGAUGUGAGGGUGGACAAGAGGUUGAGGCGGAUGAGGGAAGGGUGGAGUUUGUUACGAGUUUGCUAAAAGUUGAAGAGGAUGCAGAGAAGCACAUGAAGCGAUACUUUCGUCAACUCACACCAACGACCAAUGCGACUAUAUGUCUGGGUCAGAUGUCUCUUGAAAAUGUUAACUUUCAACCGUGCAGUUCACAUUCAGAGAGCGAUGAUAUACCGGGAACCGUGGACGAUGAAGAUGAAAGCCAUACUGAGUGUUCUAUGGAUGAGAGCAGGCAUAAUUCCGAUGACAACAACCGAGGAUGGUCAGAUCGUGAAGGAUUUGACAAAAACGACAUGCUCAAUGCCAACUCUGACGACAAUGAUGCAGACAAGAGCGAUACGGAUCACUCAUUAGCCCGACCAAUGUGGAAUGAGCUGGAUGCCCAAUUUUAAAACAUCAAAUACAUUGCCUGAAAUCUCUUGCAGCACGUCUUACCGACAAAGGUGGAGAUAACGGCAGUUGCAAUUGAAGAAUGCAGGAAGUGCACGAAUUUUUAUUAUUUUUUUCAAUGCACCUGUCGCCCUUGUGCACCCGUCACUUGCGCUAGUCAUCGCCAUGUGUGCAUGCCCGCAUUCGCACAUUCAGUCCUUCUGUUAGUUCCAUUUUACACCCAAUUAUAGUGUUCAUUUUGGUCCCUGCGGAUACACGUUACCGCCAACGCCCCCCAUUGGCAUCGUGGGGUUAACCGGACUAGUACCCAUAUACGACACAUAUGGGUUAGAAGGGAAACCGUAACCACCAGGCUGGAACAUGGGCGAAAACAUCCCGCCUCCACCCAUCAACGGCGAGCUCAACUGCGGUGCUAUAGCCAUGAUCUUGAAUUGUAUGGUCAGACCUCGAAUCAUACCAACGUAUAAUCCAAUCUCGGGGGGUGGAGGAACGUGGUUUCCGUAUUUCUUCUCCAUUUCCCCACGGAAGGGCCGCAGAAUUUCCUCCAACUGCGUGCGGUAUUCAUCGGGGAUGGUCUUGAACAAGUCGUCCCAACAUUCGGCGCUUGCUUGAACAGCUGAUGGUGAUCUUGGAGGAAAGAAAUUGGACGGGAUGGGUGCUGAGAGACAGAUGGUCAGAUAAUGCCGAAUACAGCGACAUUUGAAAGAUUUCAACACAUACUUGCU